ACCGCCAGUGGCCUGCGCAGCAUUAUUUCCUGACAAAGAAUCAUACCUGCAGUUACUGACUUUUUCAAGUUGCCGCCAUUCAACCCCACCCCAUCUCUGGCCAUUUGAUUACUCGUCAGCUUGCAAUUUGUUCGAGGAGCUUGAACGUCGUUGGCGAACCCCUCCACGAAAGCUCGACCCCACCAAAACAUUCAAUCUUUCUGCCCUACUUCACAUAACUGCCGCCUUCACCUGAACUGAUCUGAGACUUUCACUGUCUCCUCCUAGGCUUAGGACGUCUGCUGUGGUUAGGGCUGUGCAGAGGACAGUAUUGCUGAUUUCUGGACCGGGAUGUCGGUUUCCAUACAAGAGUUGGACAACACUGUCCGAGCCUUCUAUGAGGGCAAAGGAGACCUGCAAAAACAAGCCCAGCAGACUUUAACGGAGUUCAAGCAAAACCCGGACGCUUGGUUAAUUGUAGGGAACAUCCUUCAAGAGUCGUCGUAUCCGCAAACCAAAUAUCUUGCUCUCCAAGUCCUUGACGAUGUCAUUAUGACUCGCUGGAAAGUCUUGCCAAGAGAACAAUGCCUAGGUAUCCGGAACUUCAUUGUUAACUUCAUCAUCGAGAAUUCCAAUUCGGAAGAGAAGCUUAGAAGUGAGCGAGCCUUCCUGAACAAACUCAACCUAGUCCUUGUCUCUAUUCUGAAGCAAGAAUGGCCACACAAUUGGCCAACCUUCAUCAACGAGAUCAUUUCGUCGUGCCACACGAGCCUGUCGAUUUGCGAAAACAACAUGUCCAUCCUUCGAUUGUUGUCGGAAGAAGUCUUCGAUUUUUCCCAGGAUCAAAUGACUUCGGCGAAGGCGCGGAAUUUGAAAACCUCCAUGACGCAAGAGUUCUCUUCGAUUUUCCAGCUGUGCUCAGAAGUCCUCAGCACUGCGAACCAACCCAGCCUGGUCAAAGCUACCCUAGAAACCCUUCUCCGAUUUUUGAACUGGAUUCCGCUAGGGUAUAUUUUUGAGACAUCCAUCAUCAACACUCUCAUUACCCGCUUCUUGGAUAUUCCCGACUUUCGGAAUGUGACUCUCAAGUGCCUCACCGAGAUUGGGGGCUUGCAGAUCGGGAGCCCGUAUAAUUACGAUGAAAGGCUGAUCCACAUGUUCACGGAAACUCUGACAAUUGUUUCAAAGACUAUCCCACUGUCAAUGGACCUGAAACAGACAUUCGCUAAGAGCAAUUCGAGGGACCAGGAAUUUGUGCUAAACCUGGCACUGUUUCUAUGCAGCUUCUUCAGUGCCCAUCUCACCCUCGUCGAGAAACUUCCGAACCGGGACUAUCUUACCCAUGCGCAUUUCUAUCUCAUCCGUAUCAGCCAGAUCGAUGACCGGGAGGUAUUCAAGAUCUGCCUGGAAUACUGGACCCGGCUUGUUCAAGAGCUUUAUGAAGAAAUGCAACAACUCCCGAUCACUGAUAUUAACCCCUUGGUGAGCAUGGGUGUUAGUGGUCUAUCGAAUGGCGGAGCGCCGCACCCUAGUACAUUGGCCAACUAUCCUCUCCGCAAGCACAAAUAUGAGGAGGUCUUGUCAAGCCUACGUACUGUCAUGAUAGAAAAAAUGGUGCGCCCAGAGGAAGUCCUUAUCGUCGAGAACGACGAAGGGGAGAUAGUGCGGGAGUUCGUGAAAGAAAGCGACACGAUCCAGCUCUACAAAACAAUACGGGAGUGCUUGGUUUACCUCACACAUCUCGACGUCGUUGACACCGAGAAUAUCAUGAUUGACAAACUGGCCAAACAAGUCGACGGUUCCGAAUGGUCGUGGGCCAAUUGUAAUACGCUCUGUUGGGCGAUUGGGUCAAUCUCUGGAGCCAUGAACGAAGAGACUGAAAAGCGCUUUCUUGUCACUGUCAUCAAGGAUCUCCUUGGUCUUACAGAAAUGAAGCGUGGCAAAGAUAACAAGGCUGUCGUGGCUAGUAAUAUCAUGUACAUUGUCGGGCAGUAUCCUCGCUUUCUGAAGGCUCAUUGGAAAUUCUUGAAGACAGUGGUCAAUAAGCUUUUCGAAUUCAUGCAUGAGACGCAUGAAGGUGUUCAGGACAUGGCUUGCGACACCUUUAUAAAAAUUGCCAAUAAGUGUAGACGCCAUUUCGUUGCACUGCAACCGGGAGAAAAUGAGCCAUUCAUCGAAGAAAUCGUUCGCAACAUGAGAAAGAUUACUUGUGACCUUUCUCCACAGCAGGUCCACACCUUUUACGAGGCAUGCGGCUACAUGAUUUCCGCACAAGGGCAAAAGGGUCUCCAAGAUCGAUUGAUUGAGAAUCUCAUGUCCCUGCCGAAUGCCGCCUGGGACGAGAUCAUUGCGCGGGCCAAUCAAAACUCGUCAAUUCUCCAGGAUGGGGAAACAAUCAAGAUCGUUGGAAAUAUAAUGAAGACAAAUGUCGCUGCCUGUUCGUCGAUUGGAACUUACUUCUACUCUCAACUCGGGCGUAUUUAUCAUGACAUGCUCAGCAUGUUCCGAGCGUCCAGCGAGCUCAUAAGUGGCGCUGUUUUGCAGGACGGAGAAAUUGCCACGAAGACCCCCAAAGUGAGAGGGUUGAGAACAAUCAAAAAAGAAAUCCUCAAACUUAUUGACACUUAUGUACAAAAGGCUGAUGACAUGGAAAUGGUCAAUGCCAAUGUUGUUCCGCCGCUUCUCGAAGCCGUUUUGCUGGACUAUAGCCGGAAUGUUCCUGACGCACGAGAAGCCGAGGUUUUGAAUGUGAUGACAACAAUCAUUCAUAAACUACAUAACCUGAUGGAAGACAAAGUCCCAUUGAUCAUGGAGAGUGUUUUCGACUGUACACUGGAGAUGAUCAACAAGGACUUCCACGAAUAUCCCGAACACCGCGUGCAGUUCUUCAAAUUGCUUCAGGCGAUCAAUUUAUAUUGCUUCCCUGCCUUACUCAAACUCGAUGCCACCCAGUUCAAAUUUGUGAUCGACUCCUGCAUGUGGGCAAGCAAACAUGACAAUCGCGAAGUUGAGAACACUGGCCUUACGAUGUGCCUUGAGCUCAUGAACAACAUGGCAGAAACGGAUGCUCAAACAUCGACUUUCUUCUUUCGUCAGUUUUAUAUUGCGAUACUACAGGACGUAUUCUUUGUUCUUACCGAUAGUGACCACAAAGCCGGUUUCAAGUCACAAGCAAUGCUCCUGUCGCGCAUGUUUUACUUCGUCGAAUCCGGAAAAUUGCAGGAGCCUAUCUAUGCCCCUGAGCAAGCCCCUCUUGGAACCUCCAACAAGGAGUUCUUGCAAGAAUACGUCGCAAAUCUCUUGCAAAAUGCUUUCAAGAACCUGCAAGAAAUUCAAAUCAAACAAUUUGUCAUCGGACUCUUCACGUUCAACGAUGAUUUCAAUAAAUUCAAAACCCAUUUGCGGGAUUUCUUAAUCUCCCUCAAAGAGUUUGCGGGCGACAAUGCUGAGCUGUACGCAGAAGAGCGAGAGCAGGCUUUGCGAGACGCCAAAGCGGCCGAGCGCGAUCGUGCAAUGAGAGUCGGAGGUCUUUUAAAGCCAUCCGAAAUGGACCAGGAAGACGAGCUAUGACUAGAUAAAGAACUACGCCCUGAGGUCCCUCCACAGCUUUCAGUUCUUGACAACGUUGCUGGUGGCAUGGUGAAGUCAGAGUCUACCUGUAACAAGGACCAGCUCGAUGGCUGGUCUUUUUACGGAAUUUGAACCGAGGAAUUACUUAGCCUUCAAUCACUGAUUUCAGGAUGAGUGUUUUCAGUACUCUUCUCUUCCCCCCUUUUUUUUGUGACAAAGCCGGCUUUACAUUAUUUCCGCUGCAUUUUAGCUGUAUCUGCUAUGCGACCUUGGAUCUUGUUUUGCCCAGCAACAUAACGCUGAUAUCAGAUGGACGUUUGGUUCCUGGGCUAAGACUGUGUCGCACAUGACAUGCAACUAGUCAAUGACGGAAAUCCGGCUCCUAAAAUCAUAUUUCCUGUUCAUUAUUGC